AUGACAACGAGGAGGGGCAUGUUGGACCACCUUCCAAACCUCUUCGUCUGCCGCAAUGUGGAGGGAAAAGACAUCAGCUUCAUGUCGCGCGUGCUACUGUCCAGAUCCGUCACUAUCUGCGACGCGACGUAUUCCAGCCUCCCUUUGGAGAUGAGGAUGGCGUUGUCAGGGCAAGGCUUCGACGAGCUGAAUGAGUUCUUGAUGUUCUUGCGCUGCCGCUCCGUGGCCACGCUGCUAAACUCUUCGGUGUGGCGUCUGAAUCCGUGCUUCACAACACAAGCAUGUCGGGAUUUGGGCAAGAUGCCUAGGACCUAG